AUGAUAAACUCCACAGCAGGCUCCAGCUCACCUGCUCGAUGCAUUACAGGCCUCCGACAACGAGGCUGUUUAUUCACACAUCUGUCCCCGAGUGACAGCAGCAGCAACAACAGUAACAAGAACAGUAACAACAGUAACAGGAACAGCAGCGGUAACAGUAGCAACAGUAACAGCAGUAACAGUAACAGUGUUAACAGUAAAAGCAACAGUAACAGUAGCAGUAACAGCAACAGCAGUAACAGUAAUACCAGAAACCCUGCUGGAGGUGAGACGAGUCUCAGCUCAGGAACAAAAACUAGAAGAUCUCUGAAGCAGAAUCAUGUUUUUGGACAGAAGAUGAUUUCCUCUCCGACGCGAGCCGAGGGGGCGAUCGGCUCGCUCAAGGUCUUCCUCUGCAAAACACCUGAACCCUCUUUGUUCCGACACGCCGGCGGUAAUGAUGCUGCCAUUCAGGCGACGCGGGAAACAUCAGGGGAGGCGCUGAGGGACGGGUUUGUGCUGCGUUCACAGAAACCUGGACUCACCUGA